UUUUUUCUUCAUUUCAUUUAGUGCUUUAAAAGCGCAAUUUAUUAGGACCAACUUAGUGCCUUCUCGUCGAAGAAAGUUGGCAACAAACGAAAUAAAAGAAAAUAAAUAAACACGACUUAUGAAAACUUGAAAACUUAUGACUUCAAAAUAAUAGUUAUGGAAGAUGUCGAACUGGAUUCCUCGGAGCUUGGCACGCGGGAGUAUUGGCAGGAAGCGUACCGAACUGAGUUAGUUAAUUUUGAAAGGUACGGAGACACGGGUGACGUGUGGUUCGGUGAAGACAGCGCUCAUAGAGUGAUAGAUUGGAUAUGUAAAUGUGGAGCAUCUAAAGACACCGCCGUCAUUGAUUUAGGUUGCGGUAAUGGAUACACUUUGUUAGAACUGGCACGGCAGGGCUUCACAAAUCUUCUAGGAGUGGACUAUUGUCCGGAAGCUUUUGUCUUAGCAAAAAAAAUCUCCAAGGAAGAUUUUCCUAAUAUAAAAUACAAAAUAUUUGACAUAAUAAUGGGCGAUGUCACAGACUUAGGUAGCAAAUUUGGUAUAAUACAUGACAAGGGUACAUAUGACGCGAUCAGUUUAAGCCCAGUGGAGCCCAAACAGCAGAGAGAAAAGUAUAUCGACCAAGUGGCCAUGAUGAUGGAUGAUAAUGGAUUAUUCAUAAUAACAUCUUGCAAUUGGACAGAAGAAGAAUUAAUCAAGCAUUUCUCAGAGAGACUCAAGCUUAAAUAUGUAAUACCGUCCCCCAAGUUCAAAUUUGGCGGGAAAGAAGGCAGUGUUGUGUCAUCAGUUGUUUUUCAAAAGAAAUAAAUGU